AUGCCGGAACAGACUGGCUUCACUUCAUCCAGAGACUUCGCAUUCCAGAGCACUGACCAGGACUUCGCACACGGUGCUGACGCUGCGACAACCAACACAGCUUCGCAGUCCACCACCCGCUAUGAUCCUGAGAGUACCACCAACGCGUCCAAUGCGCCUUCUGACGCGCACCAAACCGCGCCAGACGCCCUUCUGAGGGGUUACAACCAGCAGCAAUCGCCUGACGCAUUCGCCAACUACGGGUACAGCCCAGGUGGACCUCUGGUAUGGGACUGGAACAACUCAAUUGACUUCUCUGAGUUCGCCCACCACUACGAGCCCCAGGGGGAGCUAGUCCAAGAGCUUCAGAACCAGAACAAUCCCUCCCAGGACUUCAGCAUUCCGCUCCCUGUAUCCGUUCACGAGCCGAUAUACCAGUCCCCGCUCCACACACCCAAUACUGCGACAGCGCCCACCCAAAAUCCUCUGUCGCCGCCUCCACCGCCGCAGCAGCGGCCUACCGUCACCACGACCACGGCCUCUGUGAAGAGGAAAGCUCCUUCAGAACCCAGCUCCGCGACUUCAGCUGGCGUCAGCUCCCACUUGCCCGACAUCCAGCAGCCCGCCGCAAAACGACCCACCAAGUCACGAUCUUCCUCUUCUGCUUCCGCGAAUGCUCCCGCAAUAGCUUCAGCUAGCAGUGAUCGACGACCUUCAACAUCUAUGGCGUCAGCCCAGACUACAACCGUGACGGCAGGGACGGGUGAGGGAACAAGCGGUGAUGUUACUCGUAGGAAAUCGGAUAAGGCUGUAGCGAGUAAUAGCCGGCAGUCUGAGCAUGUCCGAUCUCGAAGAAUUGUUGAAGCGCCAUCAGGGAGGGACCCCAGCCAGUUACCUGCUGGGAAGGUGUUUCCCAUACAAAUUGGUUCCGAGUUGUUCAGAUUAUCAGGCGCAUCGAUAUCUUCUGAUGCACCCUCAUACUUCUCGCAUUUUUUCGGCGAGCAGCUACACCAUACGACUGGUCGCGCUGGUGACCUGAGAACGCUUUAUAUCGACCGAGAUCCGGUAACCUUUCGAGAUAUAUCCUUGCAUCUGCAAGGCUAUCAUGUCAAGCCUCGCGAUCCUCAGCAUUUCGUAAGAUUAUUCGCUGAUGCGCAAUUUUACAGUCUGCCACGCCUAACAAAGCAACUCUUUAGCAUGGACAUCUUCAUCCGUGUAGGCCAUCGUGACUUUCAAAUCCCACGUGACCUAUUCUCGUCCCCCGGCGACAGUCCCAAUUACUUCUCCCUGGGUUUUGCUCAAUUCUUCACCACGCCAACUGAAGUAUUUCCCGGUCUUGACCGUGAUCAGCUACUUCGCCCACCGUCCAUCACCCCUCCAGCCGUCCCAAGUCGCAACGGCGACAUAUUCGCCGAAGUCUUGAAGCUUUUGCAAGGCUAUCAAGUGCACAUCCGCGACGAGAGCCACCGCGCAGAACUACUGCGGGACGCGCGGUACUUCCAUCUAAAGGGACUCGAACAGCGUCUCAUUCCCUGCGAGAUCAGCUUCAACCUAGCACGCGGCACCUCCGAGAUUCUCAUCCGACUCGAAGACAUUCGGCAGUCUGGCGUCAGCUUCAAACCCGAUACGCAUGCUUACAACAUCGCCACGACCUCGAACUCGAGCAAUGCUUCUCCCGCCCCUGGCUUUGCGCCUUUGAGCAAGCCGCCUACACCAACGCCGCACUCCACCACCUCGAGUACUGCAUCGUCUACUAUCGGCUCCGGUACUGUCUCCUACGCGCGCCCCUACACGGACGAGCACGCAAACACGAAUGUGCUCAUUCUCGAAAUCGGAUCCCAGGAAUCGACCCGCCUGCAUUUUCCUAUCUCACCCACCACGUCCUCUUCUUCUUCGCCAUCUCUCGACCUCCGCGCCACCUUCCACGGUCAAACCCUUGCGCGUAUCACAAGCCUAUUUUCCGUUGCGGCUGCGAAAAUGGGCCUCCCAGCUACUCAACCACUCGGGCUCAUGAUGCUGCAGAAUGGUGGCGGUGUCGCGGCGCAGCCAAUGUCGCCAGCGAACUCAGGGCUCAGCGAGAAUCGAGUGCGGGUGCGAUGGGAAUCCGAUGCGUGGAUCGAGGUUGACGGCGUGGCUGUGGAGGUUACAAGUGGUGAGAAUGGCGUGUUAGGCGUCCAGCGAGUGAAGGGCAGCUCUAAGAAUACAGAUGGAGACGGCGAUGAAACAAUGGAAGAACUAGAAGAAGAAGACGAUGAGUGGGUGUGGGGUGGUGCGAGGCGGGAAGAGGAGGAGCGCGAGUGGAUUGUCAAGAAGGGGCAUUGGCGAUUGAGGGUCGAGCCUGUUGAUGGCGAGAUCGGCAGGAUGCAAAUUGUUAUGUGUCCGGUGAGAAUCGAGGCUAUGUCGUGUGAAAGGACGAGGAAUAGGCGGAGGGGUUUUUUGAGUUGAUUUUGAAAGGCACGUUCGAAUUCGAGUCGCUGGGCGGCUACAUUACUUUCGCUUCGUUGGACAUUGUGUUUAUAUGGGUUUUGGAUAUCUGGGUUGCCUUGCAUGUGCAUUGGAGUUCUUGUACGGUAAGGCUGGAGGCCUGGAUGCGAGUGGCGGGUCUCUGUAGAUAUCUUCUCUUUCCUACGUGGCUUAGAUUGAUGAAGGGUCCCGACUGUUUGAUUGAGCCAGUUGUGUAAUUGCGCCCUCGCUAAGUUUACAUCGAUUCGAGUUCCUCUUCACAUGUUCACAUAGAGUCGUAUAUCAGCAAGUCAUGACUCCAUCCUCCUCUUCAAGUGUGAAGUCGUGUGCCUCCUCGUGCUUUAUUCAAC